GCCAGUGGGUUUAAGAAGUGUGGAAAAUGUUUUGAUUGGUUUUUUUAUAAGCCAAAAAUAAAUAAUAAAUAUUUUGUUUAUUCCUAUAAAUAAUGGAUAAACACGGUAAACGAGCUCAUUCAUCAUCCGAUUCGGAAAGUGCUGAAGAAAACCGCAAGAAAGAUAUAAGAGAAAGAGAUGAAUUUGCCAAAAGACUCAAAAAGCGCGAUGAGGAGAAAACUAAGAAAGUGACUGAGGGGUCCAGUAAAAGAUCGUACGAAGAGGCAGCAAAACGUUUAAAGCUAGAAGCCGAAGAUAGGGAUAAAGUUUUACCUAAACUCAGAAUUCAGUCACGUCGCAAAUACUUACAAAAAAGAAAAGACGAUAAAGUUAUUGAAUUAGAAGAUGAUAUUGCAGAUGAUGAGUACCUUUUUGAUGAGAGCAUACUGACUGAAAGGGAGCGUAAGGAGAGAGAACAUAAGAAAACUAUAUUAAAGUUGGCAAAAGAACAUGAGAAAGCAAGGGAACUAGAAAAUGUACAGAGGUAUCAUAUGCCACAAGAUCUUGGUAAAGGAGAAAAGGGUGAGUAUAUAGAAGUUGAUGAAAACGAAAAAUUACCAAAUUCAGAGCAAAGAAAGUGGGAACAAGAACAAAUUAAAUCAGCUUUUUUUAAAUUUGGCGCAAAAGAUGCAAAAUCUAAAGAUGAAUAUGAAUUACUGCUGGAUGAGCAGAUUGAUUUUAUCCAAGCACUUCAGCUGGAGGGUAAUAAAGAAAAAAAAGAGGAGGAAGAAAUUUCAGAAUAUAAGAAAGUCCGUAUGACCAUAGAAGAAACUAAAAAGUCACUUCCUGUAUAUCCAUUUAGAAAUUCACUUAUUGAAGCUAUUAAAAAUUAUCAAAUUUUGAUAGUAGAAGGAGAAACUGGAUCUGGAAAAACAACACAAAUUCCACAAUUCCUUUACGAAGCUGGAUUCACCGAGGAUGGAAAGAAGAUUGGGUGCACUCAACCGAGAAGAGUGGCUGCAAUGUCUGUAGCUGCUAGAGUGGCUCAAGAAAUGGAUGUUAAACUAGGAAAUGAGGUGGGGUACAGUAUAAGAUUUGAAGAUUGCACUUCUGAUAGAACUGUCAUCAAAUACAUGACUGAUGGUACACUUCACAGAGAAUUUCUAUCAGAACCUGAUCUGGCAUCUUAUAGUGUAAUGAUAAUUGAUGAAGCUCACGAGAGAACCUUACAUACAGAUAUUUUGUUCGGUCUUGUAAAAGAUAUCACACGAUUUAGACCUGACCUUAAGUUGCUUAUAUCAAGUGCAACUUUAGAUGCAGAAAAGUUUUCUAACUUCUUUGAUGAAGCACCUAUAUUCAGGAUACCUGGGAGACGAUUUCCAGUGGACAUUUAUUAUACAAAAGCUCCUGAAGCUGAUUAUAUAGAUGCAUGUGUAGUUUCUAUAUUGCAAAUACAUGCCACACAACCUCUUGGUGAUAUUUUAGUGUUCUUAACUGGACAAGAAGAAAUUGAAACUUGUGUAGAAAUGUUACAAGAAAGAACUAAAAAAAUAGGGAAGAAAUUAAAAGAACUUAUAAUAUUACCAGUUUAUGCAAAUUUACCAACAGAUAUGCAAGCAAAAAUCUUUGAACCAACACCUGAAGGUGCCAGAAAAGUAGUUUUAGCUACCAAUAUUGCCGAGACAUCAUUAACUAUAGAUAAUAUUAUUUACGUCAUAGAUCCAGGCUUUGCGAAGCAAAACAAUUUUAAUUCCAAAACUGGGAUGGAAAGCCUGUUGGUUGUUCCUAUAUCUAAAGCAUCUGCCAAUCAACGAGCAGGUAGAGCUGGCAGAGUUGCCCCUGGAAAGUGCUUCAGGCUAUACACUGCAUGGGCCUACAAAUAUGAACUAGAAGAUAACACUGUCCCGGAAAUACAAAGGAUCAAUUUAGGAAAUGCAGUGCUCACACUAAAAGCACUAGGAAUUAAUGACCUAAUCCAUUUUGAUUUUUUGGAUCCCCCUCCCCAUGAAACUUUAGUUUUAGCAUUAGAGCAACUGUAUGCAUUAGGUGCUCUAAAUCAUCAUGGAGAACUGACAAAAGCUGGCAGGCGUAUGGCUGAGUUUCCUACUGAUCCUAUGCUCGCUAAAAUGUUAUUGGCAAGUGAAAAGUACAAAUGUUCAGAAGAAGUAGUGACAAUAGCUGCUAUGUUAUCAGUAAAUAGUUCAGUCUUUUACAGACCCAAAGACAAAAUUAUACAUGCAGACACAGCCCGAAAAAACUUUUUCCAUAAGAAUGGUGAUCAUUUAACAUUGAUGAAUGUCUAUAAUCAGUGGGCUGAUUCUGAAUAUUCCGUGCAAUGGUGUUAUGAAAACUUCAUUCAAUACAGAUCUAUGAAGAGAGCGCGUGAUGUAAGAGAACAAUUAGUCGGACUUAUGGAGAGAGUUGAAAUAGAAAUGGUGUCAAGUAUAGCAGAUGAUGCGAAUAUUCGUAAAGCUAUAACGGCGGGAUACUUUUAUCACAUUGCAAAGUUUUCAAAGGGUGGUCACUACAGAACAGUCAAACAUAAUCAAACAGUCAUGAUACAUCCUAAUAGUGCACUAUUUGAAGAAUUGCCUAGAUGGGUAAUUUAUCAUGAACUUGUUUUUACUUCCAAGGAAUUUAUGCGACAGGUUACAGAAAUAGAAAGUAAAUGGCUCUUGGAAGUUGCGCCGCAUUAUUAUAAAGCUAAGGAGUUAGAAGAUUCCACAAACAAAAAGAUGCCUAAGACUAUUGGUAAGGCAUCUACUGGCACGUAAUAAAUACAAUCUACAUUUCA